ACAGGAAAUGAACAUCGCCUCGCUUCAGCGCACCUAGACGGACUGUUGGGGUCUGGUGGGAGAGGGACGAUGUCUCUCUCAAGAAGAAACCACGGCGCCUCGCUGCUGGCUGCUAUACUACUACUGUCACAGACAAGAUGGGCCUGGGCACAGCAUUGUAUCUGGUACGGGGAAUGUGGCAACUCAACUAUCCUCCCGGAGAAGAAGUACAACUGUAACUACACAGGGCCUCCCCAGCCUUUGCCCAAAGAGGGGCAGGACCUCCUAAAGGAGCUCUGCCCGGGUUUGGCCUACGGCAGCCAGAGCGUCUGCUGCGACACGCAGCAACUAAACACGCUGAAGGGCAACAUCCAGCUUCCUCUGCAGUACCUGUCCAGGUGCCCGGCGUGCUUCUUCAACUUCAUGACCCUUUUCUGUGAGCUGACGUGCAGCCCCUACCAGAGCCUGUUCCUCAAUGCCACGGAGUUCUCCCCCGACCCCGCCCACAACAGCACCAACGUGGUGAAGCUCUCCUAUUAUAUCAACCAAACCUUCGCUGACGCAAUGUACGAGGCGUGCAUGGACGUCCAGGCGCCCUCCAGCAACGUCAAGGCCCUCGGUCUGCUCUGCGGCAGGGACAGCAGCACCUGCACUCCCACCAACUGGAUCCAGUACAUGUUUAACACCGACAAUGGCCAGGUGCCCUUUGCCAUCGAUCCAGUCUUCUCAGGUGCCCCCGUGUCCUGGAUGACCCCGAUGAGCAACGAAACGUUCGGCUGCACGGAGUCCCUGGACGACGGCUCGGGCCCCUGCUCGUGCCAAGACUGCAGUCAAGCCUGCGGCCCUGCGCCCGCCCCUCCCCCUCUCCCCCCUCCCUGGACCCUCCUGGGGCUGGACGCCAUGAACGUCAUCAUGGCCUUCUCCUACGCGGGCUUCCUUGUCGUCUUCGUCGGCGCGCUGCUCGGAGCGUGGUGCUACAGAAAGAGGACCAUCACCUCUGAGUACGGACCCAUUCAGGACAGCAACCAACCCCUCUCACUGAACAAUGAGUCCAUCAAGUCGUCCGAUCAGGUGAGCUGCAGCGAUCUGCUGGGCGAGCGCUUCGAGAGUGCCCUGCGGGAGCUCUUCAGCCGCUGGGGUUCGUUCUGCGCACGGCGCCCCCUGCUGGUGAUCCUGGUCAGCGUGGUGCUGGUCACGGCCUGCUCCACGGGCCUCGCCUACAUGCGUGUCACCACGGACCCUGUGGACCUGUGGUCGGCCCCCGGCAGCCGCGCCAGGCAGGAGAAGGACUACUUUGACCAGCACUUCGGCCCGUUCUUCCGCACGGAGCAGCUCAUCAUCACCACGCCGUGGACCAACUGGACGUCCUUCGAGCCCACGUCUGGGCCGCCCAUCCCCUUCUCACCGAUCCUCACCCUGGACCUGCUCUUCCAGGUCCUGGAUCUCCAGACGGCCAUUGAGGACCUUGAGGCUGAUUAUAACGGGGAGAAGGUGACCCUCGAGGACAUCUGCAUGUCUCCCCUGGCACCCUACAACAACAACUGCACCAUCCUGAGUGUACUGAAUUACUUCCAGAACAGCCGUGAAGUGCUGAACCACACCUUCGGAGACGAGUUCUAUACCUACUUCGACUACCACACUCACUUCCUCUACUGCGUGAGUUCGCCAGUAGCUCUCGACGACACGGGACAUUUCCACGACCCCUGUAUGGGUACCUUUGGAGGCCCCGUUUUCCCCUGGCUGGUCCUCGGAGGCUAUGAAGGCACAGCCUACAGCAACGCCACUGCGCUGGUGAUCACUUUUCCUGUCAACAACUACCUCAAGGACACAGACAAGCUGGGCAAAGCUCGUGCUUGGGAGAAGGAGUUUGUCGAAUUCCUAAAGAACUACAGCAACCCCAACAUCACCGUGGCCUUCAACUCGGAGCGCAGCAUCGAGGACGAGAUCGACCGCGAAAGCAACAGCGACAUCAGCACCAUCGUGGUCAGCUACGCCAUCAUGUUCAUCUAUGUCUCUGUGGCGCUGGGCCGCAUCUACAGCUUUCCAAGAAUCCUGGUGGACUCCAAGAUCUCUCUGGGGAUUGCGGGCAUCCUGAUCGUGCUGAGCUCCGUGGCUUGCUCUCUGGGCAUCUUCAGCUACGCUGGCAUCCCCCUCACCCUCAUCGUCAUCGAGGUCAUCCCCUUCCUGGUGCUGGCUGUGGGGGUGGAUAAUAUCUUCAUCAUCGUGCAGACCUUUCAGAGAGAUGAGCGCAUGCAGCACGAGGAGCUGCACCAGCAGAUCGGCCGUAUCCUUGGAGACGUGGCUCCCGGCAUGUUCCUGUCCUCCCUCUCCGAGACGGUGGCCUUCUUCCUAGGAGCUAUGUCCAACAUGCCGGCGGUAAGGACGUUCUCUCUCUUUGCUGGCCUGGCUGUCCUCAUCGACUUCCUGCUGCAAAUCAGCUGUUUUGUCUCCCUGCUGGGUCUGGACGUCCAAAGACAGGAAAGGAAUCGCCUGGACAUUUUGUGCUGCGUCAAACUGUCUGAUGCAUCCGAAGAGAAGACCGAUGGUGUCCUCUUCUACUUCUUUAAGAAAAUGUACGCUCCCUUUGUCCUGAAGGAUUGGGUGCGCCCCCUUGUGGUUGCCGUGUUCGUGGGCAUGCUCUCCUUCAGCGUGGCGGUCGUCGAUAAAGUGGACGUCGGCCUCGACCAGCAGCUCUCCAUGCCUGACGACUCGUACGUGCUGGACUACUUCGGGAACCUGAGCGCAUACCUGCACACGGGGCCUCCUGUUUACUUUGUGGUGGAAGACGGCUACGACUACCGCACCAGCGACGGACAGAACCGCGUGUGCGGCGGCGUGGGCUGCAACAACGACUCUCUCGUCCAGCAGAUCUACACCGCGUCCCUCAUGAGUGAUUAUUCCAAGAUCAGCACGACUCCCUCCUCCUGGCUGGACGAUUACUUUGACUGGGUGAAGCCCCAGUCAUCCUGCUGCCGGUACUACAAUGCCACCGGGACCUUCUGCAACGCCUCGGUGGUGGACGACUCCUGCGUGCACUGCAGGCCCAUGACGCCCGACGGCAAGCGGAGACCCAAUGGCACUGACUUCACUCGCUUCCUCCCCAUGUUCCUCUCUGACAACCCCAACAUCAAGUGCGGGAAAGGGGGCCACGCCGCCUACAGCGCGGCCGUGCAGCUGAAGGACAACGGCACCGCCGUGGGUGCAACCCACUUCAUGAGCUACCACACCAUCCUGAACACAUCGGCGGACAGCAUCAGCGCUAUGAAGAUGGCCCGCCAGCUGGCCCACAACAUCUCUCUCUCCAUGGGGCUGGCGAACCGCACAUACCACGUCUUCCCUUACAGCGUGUUCUACGUCUUCUACGAGCAAUACCUCACCAUUGCCCACGACACUGCGCUGAACCUGGGUGUGUCCCUGGCGGCCAUCUUCGUGGUCAGCACCGUGCUGCUGGGCUUUGAGCUGUGGUCGGCCGCGCUGGUCUCGCUCACUAUCGCCAUGAUCCUCGUCAACAUGUUCGGCGUCAUGUGGCUGUGGAGCAUCAGCCUCAAUGCCGUCUCGCUCGUUAACCUCGUCAUGAGCUGUGGUAUAUCGGUGGAGUUCUGCAGUCACAUCGUGAGGGGCUUCUCUGUCAGUACCAAGGCCACGCGGGUGGAGCGGGCUCAGGAGGCCCUGUCCCACAUGGGCAGCUCUGUGUUCAGCGGCAUCACUUUGACCAAGUUCGGCGGGAUCCUGAUCCUGGCGCUCUCCAAGUCCCAGAUCUUCCAGGUCUUCUACUUCCGCAUGUACCUGGCCAUCGUGCUGCUCGGGGCGCUCCACGGCCUCGUCUUCCUGCCCGUACUGCUCAGUUACGCAGGACCGUCGGUAAAUCAAGCUAAGGUGAAGGCCGCGCAGAGGAGGCUCGUGGGAACAGAACGCGAGCACCUGCUCAACCAAUAACUGGACUGGGAAGGCCCAAACUCCCAUCUGCAAAGGGCCGCCGGUCUCUCAACCACCGCCUUCCGCACGCACACUAACGCACGCACACACCUUGACUGAAACCCUAACUCGGGACACUCGCUUUUAGGGGCACUAAAAAAGGCAAACCAAGUCUUGGCUGGCGUGAUUGUGGGAAUUCCUCACUGGGUCCCUCGGAAAACAUACCUAGCUAAAUUUUGCAGGAACGGCGCACAGACGAGGCUUUCGAAAAAUGAAGAACAAGGAGUAUAACUGAGAGAACCUAGAAUGCAAAACACAAUAAGCUUAAACAAUUUUCUAUACUGCACCAUUAUGGAAAUGGUACAUCCACCACUCUGGAAAUGGUGGACGUUUUUGUACUUGAAUAACAAGAGGCAUCUAAAAUGACUUAGCUAUUUAUUUGUGAGCGGUUGUGUUUUUACAGUCUAACUACUGAAGGGUGGGGACGUAUAUCAUAAUCUGUCCAAGCAGUGACUAACGAAGUCAGUGACGUGACGUACUAAGCUGCUGUUAUACUGAAGUAAUGGGUUACAUUUCCAUGAAGCCUCAUUUUGACACGUUUAGAUGAUAACUGCACAAAACGAUCUUCUGAAGUGAACUCUAAUCACAGGGUAUUAACUUGUCAGGGGCUUGUGUGUGAUUUCACAGGUAUUCCUGGAUCUUCUCCUCUGCAAGAAAAAAAAAAAAAAGAGAUUUAGCAUCAAGAAAUCAGCAAUGAAAUGCCAAGCAUUGAAGAGUUGUCUGGGGAGGGGGGAGGGAUCUUGAACCAAGUGCUCAGCUCACCACGAGUGGGGCUGAUAUCGUCGUGCAGGUUUGCAUUGAGAGUAGAUUGAAACCCAUCACCUGGACAGUACACCGUAGCGGGAGCCGGGAUAGUGGUCACCUAAAUGAAGUUAAGGGGAGAGGUCAUAACCCGGGCUGCAUGACGCUAGCACGGGUCAAGCAAGACCACUUAAGCUCGCUCCAGCAUGACAAAUUAGGUUGCGUCAGCGUGUUUCCCUCAGACUAAAAGAUCUUGUGGUUGUGUCUGCAUGCCUUAAUUGAUUGGGUUGGGGGAGGAAUACCUCAGAGUGCAUUGUUGGUUUCUGAUUUAUACACCAAGUAGUGCUCUUCCCAUAACGGGAUCUGAGCUUUAAGGAAUGCUAGAGGGUUACUGGUGGUGUGGUUUGGUUUUGUUUGUUUUCCCAUUUUAAUCUAAUGGUCCUUUACUGCAAUGUCUGCAUUCCACAGUGGAUAACUCUAAUAUUUGUAGGAGUUUUUGUUUGAAUAAAAGUGCUUCAGAUUUGUAA